AUGCAGAGCCGGGCGCCGGCAGUUGGACGGCACGCUACUGCGCAUGUGUUUCAACUACAAGGGUGGGCGCUGGGGUUGAGAGUUUCGAUUGACACCGCAGGUGAAGUCUUUAAGGCUGUGCUGCGCCUCAGCCCUUCUCGGGCCGCGAAGAUCAAGAAGGGCACCACACCUGUAGGUGUUCAGAUGGAGCAGCAGACUACUCAUCCUGCUAACAGAAGAGCCAAAGAGGAAGGUAAUGCAGUGCCUCUUUGUCAAGCCAAACCCUCCCCCAGCUUUAUUAAUCUUCAAGCAAGUUCCCCACCAGCCACUCUCCUGAACAUCCAGACAACAAAGCUGCGUUCACGAGUUAACCAGAAGUCCAAGGAAUGCCUAGGACUCCUAGAAUGUAUGUAUGCCAAUCUCCAGCUUCAGACCCAGCUUGCCCAACAGCAGAUGGCUAUUUUGGAAAAUUUACAAGCAUCCAUGACACAGCUGGCUACUGGUGGGGGGGAAAGCAAGAACUCUUCUCUCCCAGCCUUAGCUCACAAUCUCCUGUUAAAUCACCUGCCCCAGUUCAGUAAAUGA